UGAGAACGGCGGCGCGAUCCUUGGCUGCCGCUGGCUCUCCUGCUACUAUCCAGACGAGGGGGUCGCCUUGAUCUAGCCCCCGGUGCAAGUUCAGUGACAGAUCCGACUCCGGGAACUUGGCCAAUGCCACAAAGCCCCCGGAGUCUGCCGAAGAUUGGCGCCAUGAGGGGGAGGGGAUGCAGCUGAGAAGCAGGGCCGUACGUGAACUUAUACAUACCAUUCAUCCCGUUCUCAGUGGCUGGCUUCGCGCAUCCACUUCGACAGACACUUUGCACUGUGCACUGUCGCACCCGGCGCAUGGCGAUAUGUCAUGGUGAUAUGUUCUCGUCUACUCGUCGUCUGCCCAACACGUAGCGCGGGGCGGAGCAUGCGUGCGUGUGUGCGUGAACUUUGUUCUCCAUCAGUUGGGCAGGGCAGGGAUGAUGGAAACCCGGUGGAAGGAACAGGGGGAAGCAAUAAUGACAGCCCAGACUGCAUCGGCGGGGUCGUUCCAAUGGUCAGAGGAAUUCGCCGCGCAGGACGAGUAGCGUCACAGUGUCACAAGAAUCGACAGGCGACACUGCCACCAGAUGGUAUUUGUGAACAGCAAGAUUCUGUGAUCCUGACCUCCCAGACAUUUUCGGUGCACAAUACACACAAACGCACACGCACGCAUAAUCAUUCGCUAGGGACCGCGCGCCAGGAUCCUUGCUUCACGUGGGGUACAGCAACAUUUGCACUCCUGCUCACAUUUGCUAGAAA